CUCUCACUCUCUUGUUGUUAUCUCUCGAGUUUGUGUGGUCUCUUCUUCUCUUUUUUACUUGGUUGGUCUCUCUCUCCCUCUUUCCAUUUCUCUCGCUUGUCUCUCAUUGUCAUGGUGUUUCCUUCGAAAUCUCUUUUCUACUUGGUUGGUCCUUGUCUUUCUUUUUUUUUUGUCCCUCCCACUUGGUAUGAUGUCUUCCACUUAUUGUUUUCUCCCAUGACCUUGGACUAUUAUCCCUUCGUCUUGUGGUACUCUCCAUUCCUUUCAACAAAAAUCAAUAGCUUCGGUUUCGCCUAUACUAUUUGUAAAUUGUCCUUGGUUCUUCCAUUGGUUUGACCUUUAUGGUUGAUACAUCAACACUUGUGAAUCAUGUAACUAAGAUGCCAUAAUUGUCGCCUAUACAAUCAAGAUGAUGCAAGACAUUC